AUGGCGCCAACAAGCGCAAACCUCUCGCCAGCUGAGCUGAGUUACCUACACAAGUCGCUGUCGCAAACGCCGCCCAUUCGUCCCGACGGCCGCAGUCCCACUCAAUUCCGACCUCUGAUCGCCGAAUCCGAAAUCCUGCCCUCAGCAAAUGGUUCCGCACGCAUCUGUUUCGCCGAUGGCACAGAAGCAGUAGUCGGCGUCAAAGCAGAAGUAGAAAAGAGCGCUGGAUACGGUCGGGACUAUGCUGGCGAGACAGAAAAAGACAGUAGCCUUGGAACCGCAGGAGGUGCUGAGAUUGAGAUGGGAGGAAUGGGUCACGGAGACGAGGGCAAGAAAGGAAGGGACACUUGGGUCGAGGUGCAGAUUGAGAUGCCUGGUUACAGAGACGACGAUGCGCUGCCUGUGUUUUUGGGCGCCAUGCUGCGCGAAAGUCUGCUGGCUACCGAAGUGCUGAAGGAUCGCUUGUACAUCAACCGUCGUUUCCACUGGCGCCUGUACAUCGACAUUCUACUACUCUCCGCGCCGCUAUCAUACCCUCUGCCCCUCCUCUCGCUAACAACACACCUCGCACUCCAACACACAAAUUUGCCAGCCCUCAUCUCGGAACAAGACGAAGACCCUCUAUUCAAUGACGACUGGGACGCUGCUGUACCUCUCUAUCCUUCAGGCCAGAAGCCUCCCGUCACACUCCUCCUCGGCUCAAUAGGUCCAAACAUCCUUUUCGAUCCCAGCGGCGACGAACUCGCAGUUGCAGAUUCAGUCGUUGCUGUCAGUGUCGCUCCUGCAGCAGAGAAACAACUCGCCGUUAUGGCCGUCAGAAUGGUAGAUCCGCCAUCGAGGUUGACAGGCGCUGGCACGCCUGAUGUUCUCAACACUGCCACUGGAGGCGCUGCCCCGACAAAGGCAGAAGCUCUGGCAGUGAGGGAAACAGACAGUGGAGUGUGGAGACCACCCAGAGGUGGUGUGAGCCGUAGCCUUGUGGCUCGUAUGAUUAAGAUGGUUGUCGAGAAAGGCGGCGUUGGUGAAGAGAUCCUCGAAGCCUUGGACAAGGUCGAUACUUGA